AUGGAACCCACCGGCGACUCCCCCGGCUGCAGUGACCGCAAGACCGGCAAGAAGAUCAUCGCCUCCUCUGCUACUGUGAAACCAAAUGGGAAGUCCAUUGCUUCCUUCGCGAUUGUGAAGACUGCUGUUUCAUCUACCAUUCCGAUAAUCGGGUUAAAACUCGACACAUCAGCUACCACUCUCUCCUCCGCGCAUGCAGACCAAGUCAUGUUCUUCCGAGAUGUUUCAUUCGGCCCACGCGAAGCGGAGUUGAGGUUUCGUCUGAUUCACUUCUGGGAGGCUCGAAAUCCACUCACGAAAACCCUCAUUGGACAAGAGAUGCUCCUUAUCAAUGGAGAGGGGACUGCUAUUCAAGGUUUUGUUCCAGCCGGACGGGUCGGGACCUUUGAUCUGACAGAUGGAGUGGUGUAUAAGCUGAGCAACUUCUUCGGGUCCAGAAGGAAAGUUCAAUAUCGGUUGUUGAUCAUAUCGCUACCGUCUCAUUCACCUGGAAUUCUGUUUUAUCGGUUCUUGAGAACCCUCCGGUACCAAUUCCAGAUGAUAGGUUCAGGUUCCACGGCUAUGAGGAGUUUAAGGCCAACUGUGACUCUAAGGGUGACCUUUAUGCUGGUGAAUGGGCAGACUAUCUCUGAUUAUAUUGUUCUUGACGAGGUUGACAUCUCAGAGAAGCGGCAUCUAUGUGUUCAUGUUCAGACACAUGAUGGACCAGUGAUGAAGCUCUGCAUAUGGGACAAGGCUGCAUCCAACUUCUGCCAGAAAUUCAAAUCUUAUGGAGGCACCCCAAGCGUUCUGUUAGUCACCACUGUGAACCCCAAACACAUUGGAGGAACACUUGCUCUCGCUACAAUGUCAUCAUCUCGAGUGUUCAUGGAUGCUGAUGUCCAACCUAGCAAAGAUUAUCUUGAAUGGUUGAGCUCUAACUGGGACAUUGCUAAUAGGGUUGCUGCUGAGGUCGUAACUAAGCCUGAGAUAGUGACUCUAGGGGAGAUAUUCUCUUACAUCAAGCGGGAAGAUUCUUCUGUUGCUUUGUUUGAAUGCACAGAAACUAUCGAUGAUGUUGUCCAGGGUUCUGCCUGGUAUUACAUUUCUUGCGGUGGAUGUAAUAGUAAGGCAAUAAAAGGGCCUACCUCUCUGAUUUGUAACAGCAAGAAGUGUGGGAAAAGGGAAGUUACAGGCGUUGCUCAGUACCUCACAAAGAUCUCUGUUUAUGAUGAGAGUGAGCAAGCAGUUUUUGUUGUACUUGGUGAUGCUGGCAAAGAGCUGACCGGGAAGCAUGCGUCAGAAUUAGUUGCCAGUUACUUUGAAUCCAAUGCUGGUGUGGAUGUUGACCAUUGCGUGCCGGUGCCGCAAGCUCUACUUGAUGCAAUAGGGCAGAAGCGCAGAUUCAUUGUGAAGAUACUCCCGCCAGAAGCUCCACAGCCCAUAGAACACUUGGAAGAAAAGGCUAAUCCUUCAAGAGGCUUCGAAGAUGCUGCGGGUGAUAUGGUUGGAAAAGCAUCUGAGCGUCUGGAGUCAAGAGAAGCCAAGCGCCCCAAGAGUGGCUAA